AUAAAUGACGUAGGAAAAGCUGAAGUUAAAAAGGGAAAGAGAGGAUAGUGCGAGGAAGAAAAAGAGUUUGAGAGAUAAAGAACGCAAGCCAGAGGACAAAAUAGAAAGGGAGAGGAUAGAAUAUCGAUGGCUAAGUAGUAGGAGGAGAGAGCAAAUAGCGCACACGGUACGGCAGGUCGUAUAAAGCUCAAAACAUACACACGAAGACAAUCGCGUAGAGCUACAUAGGAUACACGUCACUGAAGCGGCUGAACUCUCACUCACAGACUCAGCAGCACACCGAUGCGCAUUACGAGUUACGACUGUCUGUCCAGCACUGUUGUGUAGGUUGUAGAUGUACUAUACGCGUUACGUGUUGGUUAUACAUACCCCUAUAGAUAUACAUCCUAUGCACGAGAGCGCAGCCAAUGGGACUCUACAUAUCCUACACUGCGUAUAGGCUGUGUAUUAUAUAGGUACUGCCGUAAGCAGGUCUGACGUCUACUAUAUAGUCGAGGCUGUGUUAGUUCAUGCUAUUCGCUGCGGAGUGUGGAGCUACUUGCUUUGUUGAUCAGAUCACUCUGAUCCGUUAGCGCCGAAGAAAAUAUAAGCCUUCGAGAGUCGAGAGAGCCUCGCCGACUAGACUUGAUCGCAUUGUUCGUUGACCGUCGCGUGCCGAGGCCAUUUGACAUCAGAAGCUGCUCUAAUCUACUUGCUCAGUAUUCCAUAUCAAUUGGUAAACAGAGAUAAUUCUAUCUUUUUAAUUACCCAAUCAAAGACAAUUAAUCACAAUGGCUGGAGAACAGCAGCAAUUUUUUCUCAAGUGGAAUGAUUUCCAAUCAAACAUGGUUUCUUCUUUCAAACAUUUGAGGGAUGAAAAAAGUUUUACCGAUGUCACACUAGCUUGUGAUGGACAAACUUGUAAAGCGCAUAAAAUGGUAUUAUCUGCCUGUAGUCCGUACUUCAAGUCUCUAUUAGAAGAGAAUCCAUCAAAACAUCCAAUCAUCAUACUGAAAGAUGUUGCAUACAGCCACCUUCAAGCAAUUUUAGAAUUUAUGUAUGCAGGAGAAGUCAAUGUAUCUCAAGAUCAACUGCCAGCAUUUUUGAAAACAGCAGAACGAUUGAAAGUUAAGGGACUAGCAGAAGCACCUGGCAACAUCAAAAGAGAAGGCUAGAUUUUCUUGUGAUUAGUCGCAAUAUUUUGAAAUUUGAGUGGACUGAAAAUAGGAUUGUAAUGUUGUAAAGUAACUGCAAUUAUACAAAUAACACAAAUUCCACACAAAAUUUCAUACAUGUGCACAGUCUACCAACUGGGUUCUCGACUUAACUCAACAAAACUUAAACUUAACAAUGUUUGUUAAGUUUUGCAAGCAGAAUAUUUUUUUACAAAAUCUUGUAAAUUAUUUUAACUUUGUUUGUGUUAUGGUCAUAAAUAACUUAUGAUUUUUACUGAUAAUUGAUGCAUUCAAAACUUGAAUAAAUAAGUUGAAUUUUGUCUAGAACCUGA